GUCGCCGUGGCGCGUGCUUCGGGGUUGGUUAGAUUCGCGUGACGCGCCGCUCGACCACGGUCCGUUGUGUGCACUGUAUCCUGUGGAUUGUCAUCUGUAUCGGUAUUAUCUGUUGUGCACGUGCCUGCCUGUCCGUUCGUUCGUUCGUUCGUUCGUUCGUCGGUUUUCACGAGAGAUGCGGGAAUCGGUGCGCGGCGAGAGAGUUCGGUAAUCGUCGCGGUUUGUUGACACGACCCGAGGCGCACCGGUUGUGUUUGUUUUCCCGGUGGGGAAGUGCAAUCAUCUGUGGAUUAGCCGGAGCCAACCUGGACAGAAUCCAGCUCAGCGCCAAAUGUCGGCUUGAACCGUCCUCUAGAGGAGCCCCGGAGGAGCGUCGUAACGAACGGUCCUAGAUCGAAGAAGCUAGAGUCACUUGGCAGAGACAGAGGUAAAGGGGAUCCGGGGGAUGCAGCUUCGGAUCUAGCGGCGCAAAUGACGAAAUAGAGCGAACGGCUGGGAAAAGAAGAGUGCAGAGGACAAGGGGAGGGAAAAUGAUGGCGGCGAGGGAGGUGUGGCUCGAGUCCUGGCGGAUCACCGAGGGCUGAGGCGCUAGGAUGCACAAGCACACCAGCCAGCUGCGUGGGCCCGGCGGCCCCGGGACCGGGCAGCAUGUCGCCAACCGAGGUCCCGUCCGGAGAUGGAAUAGCUUCCACGGCGGCGGAAGCGGCGGCGGCGCGAGCAACUUCAACGACACCGUCGGAAACGGGAAUCUGCCCUCCGGCAUGAUCGCCAGGGGUCCGCAGGAACCGUUCCGGGCCGUCCCGAAGGCUGUCCAGGCCCUGAGAAGCGAGUCCGUCGAUAGAAGCCAUCGCGCGCAACCGCCGCCGCCGCCGGCCUUUCCGCGAAGACGGUUCUCCGUGUGCUUCGGAAAGCGGACGGGUGGCAGUGCCAGGAGACCUAAUGAAUGUUUCGUUCUCGAGCCCUCUGAGAUGAUUGUCAUCGACUACCCGGAAGUGCAUGGAGGAAGGAUGCAUCGGCCGCCGCACCCCCAUCCCAUAACCGACCAUCGGCAGGUCAACCUGGUCUUCGAUGACACGUUUUCUCAAGGCCUGACAGGCAGGCCAGAGCUCUACCAAAAGUCCAACAGAAGCAGCCAUUCAAGUGACACAAGUUCAGCAUACAGUGGUUCAGACACAAUGACAUCUGUGCAAAGUUCGUUGGAUGCAGACCCAGAUGAUGUUGAUCUUUCUGGACUUCUUGAAUCCGUAGUGGAUAGCGAUGAAGAUGAAGAUCUGGCUGAGAGCAUGGAUAGCUUGACUGUCCGUGAUCCAGUCAGAGAAUGCUUAGAGAAAGACCCUAUGGAAAGAACAGAAGAUGACAUAGAAACACUGUUAGAAUUUACACAACAGUUAAAGGCCUUUACAAACAUGACUCUGGCAGUAAGGAGAGCGCUGUGCGCUGUAAUGGUGUUUGCAGUGGUAGAACGUGCUGGUAUGAUAGUUUUAAAUGACGGUGAAGAAUUGGACAGUUGGAGUGUGCUUAUCAAUGGUGCUGUGGAAAUUGAGCAUAGCAAUGGAGAAAUUGAACAGCUUCAUCUCGGAGAUAGUUUUGGAAUCUUACCCACUAUGGAAAGACUUUUGCAUAGAGGUGUUAUGAGGACAAAAUGCGAUGACUGCCAAUUUGUGUGUGUCACACAAGCAGAUUACUUUAGGAUUCAACAUCAAGGUGAAGAAAACACUAGGAGGCACGAAGAAAAUGGAAGAGUUAUUCUAGUGACGGAAUUAAGGGGUGCUCUAGAUGGAGGAGCACGCAGAGGUCACGUUGUCAUUCGUGGCACUCCCGAGCGCUUAAUGUUACAACUUAUAGAAGAAAACAGUAUUACCGAUCCCACUUAUAUAGAAGACUUCUUAUUAACUCAUCGAACAUUUAUCGAUAAUCCCUUAUUAGUUGCGAAUCAAUUGUUAGAAUGGUUUGACCAAGCGCAAGUCAGAGACAGAGUGGCCCGAGUAGUUCUACUCUGGGUAAAUAAUCAUUUUACGGACUUUGAAACCGACCCAGCUAUGAUGGAAUUUUUAGAAGCAUUCGAAGCUGGAUUGGAAAGAGAGAAAAUGCAAGGGCAACAAAGAUUAUUAAACAUUGCCUGUGCAGCAAAGGCAAGGACGCGAAACGUAACGUUGGCGAGAUCUAGUAGGGACGAGGUUCUACAUUUCAAUAUUUUAGGCGAAAAGGGUUUCGGCAUCUUCAUUUCAAAAGUAGAUAAGAAGUCGAAAGCGGAAGAUGUUGGUUUAAAACGGGGCGAUCAAAUUUUAAAAGUAAACGGACAAAGCUUUGAGCAUGUGAACCAUCCGAAAGCUUUGGAGAUUUUAAGGGGAUCCACUCACCUCAGUAUAACAGUGAAAUCCAAUUUACUUGCGUUUAAAGAAAUGCUUCAGAUGCCAGACGAUUCGCCGAGGCCACGGAGGAGAAUAAACAAACCCGAAAUCUCGAGACUCCAAACCGAUGUGGUAAUGCUUGCGCUUCAAGAAUUCGGUAUAACUGAGAGCAGUUCGAACUUUUCUCUGGCCGAAGUUAGCGUUGGAGAAGGGGGCAUGAUUAAGCAAAGUAGGUUACAGGAUCAACUGCAAGAUCUUGCGGAAAGGAUUGGCUUAAGUUCUCGAUAUUAUUUAAAAACUAAUGGUAUUUCGGAGACGCUCGUAACAGAUGAACAGGCGCCUGAACUCAUUCGUGAAUCUCAGGUUCAUUUCUUACAAUUGAACGCAGUUGAAGUCGCCAUUCAGUUAACGUUACAAGAUUUCAGUAUAUUUAGGCAAAUUGAAUCUACGGAAUACGUGGACGAUUUGUUCGAAUUGAAAAGUAGAUAUGGAGUGCCUAUGCUCAGGCAGUUUGCGGAACUAGUCAACAGAGAAAUGUUCUGGGUUGUAACAGAAGUUUGUUCUGAACACAACCUUGUUCGACGUAGUAAAAUAAUAAAGCAAUUUAUAAAAAUAGCUCGCCAAUGUAAGGAGUGCAAAAAUUUCAAUUCCAUGUUCGCAAUUGUAUCUGGUCUGGGCCACGGAGCUGUUUCACGAUUACGGGCUUCUUGGGAAAAACUGCCAAAUAAAUAUCAGAAGCUAUUCAGUGAUCUGCAAGAGUUGAUGGAUCCCAGCCGCAACAUGAGCAAGUACAGACAAUUGGUGGCGUCUGAACAAACACAACCUCCCAUAAUUCCGUUCUAUCCUGUAGUGAAGAAAGACUUGACGUUCAUUCACCUUGGCAAUGAUUCUAUAGUAGAAGGUUUAGUCAAUUUCGAGAAGCUGAGAAUGAUCGCGAAGGAAGUGAGAACGUUGACGAACAUGUGCUCUUCGCCCUACGACUUGUCCAUAAUGCUGGAAAGAGGUGGUCAACUGCCUAGUUCCGCCAUGGUCGCGUUAAAUCAAAUGACCACCGGCAAUCAAGGCGGACAAACUGCAACUGUGAAAAGGCGGAAGAAGUCCACCGCUGCGCCGAAUCCAAAGAAGAUGUUCGAGGAAGCGCAGAUGGUCAGAAGAGUAAAGGCUUAUCUCGCAAACAUGAAAGUGAUAACGGACGAGGAGCGAUUGCACGGUCUGUCCGUGGACUGCGAGCCUCAUGCAGGAGCAGUUGCAGUGGCUGCAGCGGUGCCUCUCAGCGCAAGCAGAGGAAGAAGAAAUCCUUCUCCUACUCUGUCCACUACAAGUAGCGCUAGUAGUACCAGCGAAGGUAGAAAGAGUAUACAAGGUUCGGUGACGAGCAGUGACAGUGGUCACAGUACACAGCUGGACAGCCACAGCGGAAGCAGCGUGGAAGCCGGUGGCAGUCCACCGCCACCUCAAAGACGGCACUCCGCCAUGCAAGGGUCUGUAUUGAGAGGUGGUGCCCCUCCGUUCCCUCACGCGGUAGCAGUGUUACCUCCGCUUCCUGCGAACCACAACCAGAAUCACAACCACAAUCAUCAUCAUCAUCAUCACCACCACCACCACCACCACCAACAUUAUUACGAUCAUCACCAUCACCAACCCCAAAAUCCUCAAGGUUGCACGGGAUUAGGAGUAGGCGUCGGCCUCGGAGUACCGGCUGGGCUUCCACCACCAGGCACGACGAUUAUCACGACGAUGACGACCAUGACUACCAUGACGUCGAUGACGACGAUGCGUCCGGGAAUCGGUGGCACGCAGUGCCGUCAGCCGCCCGCAUACAAAGUCGCUGCGCAGAUGGCGAGGCUGCACAGGCUUGGCCGUGCGCACAGCCACGAGGGUGUUACCUACAGGACCGAGCACGAAGAUGAUGACGAGGACGCCCAGGUGUCGGCGGUUUAAUCGGUCGCCGAGGGAAGUUCCGGUCGCGUCGACACGGAACCACCGACCAGGCCUGGUCUCCUCCGUCGAGGAGGACAACGGGAUCCCCUCCUUCGCCGUCGUCACACCAAGUGCCAGAAUUUAAGUAAUUUUCGCCGCGAGAACACAGAGUCGCAGUGAUUCGACCGGACUCGUGCUACACUUCGAGUGCCCCGGGGAAGCUGCGUGCCCGCCGAAGCAUCCGAAGGACGACGGCACGGGUGCGAAGGGGAAGGGACAUUCACAAUCGACACGCACAGCGAACAAGGAAACUCCUGGAGAAGCUUCUCGGACGCGGAACGAACGAGGCGCUCGUCUUCCAGAACCGCGGGUGAACGAACCGGGGGUUCGCCGGAAAUCUCGAGCAUUUCAUCCGUAAGCCCGCCGCGGGCACACGCGAGGGAAAGACCGCAAGACAAAGAAGCUCGACCGGAACUAUAAUUCGAUGAUGACGUUCACAACGAGGGGAGGCGAUUGGCGGAAAGAUGGAAAACAAUGAAUCCCAGUCUGUUCGAGUCGGACUGACGGGCGAACUUCUUCUGUUUGACGAAGAGAGGGCGCGAUAGUUCGCGGGACAUAGGGCGCGCGAAAGAGACAGUAAGAGUAAAGUAAUAUUCUAUAUAAAUGUGUAAUAAAUCGAGUCCAAAGAUGUUAUAUAUACCGCGUAUCGUCGCAGGGAGUACGAAUGACGGCGUGUCCUGUAUUAUAUACUUUUUAGGAUUAAUCCCAAACGACACAUACUCUUAUACACGUACAGACACACGUACACACACCACCACGUACACGUACAUAUAUACACUUUACCCCGUUCGUAGAUUAAGCAUAAAUUUGGUGUACAUAGUGUAGCGUUUAAUCGUAAUCCGUAACGAACCGACGAGAAGGAUUAACAAUGCGAGACAGAGAGGAAAUUCAGUGCAAAGAGCGGAUCGGAUACGCGCCCAAGACUCUCGAACACAAAAGAUCGGAGCGCGUCGACGUUUAUUCGUUAGCGUCACCGUUCACGGGUUUAACGUCGAUCGUUCUUCUUUUUCUUCUUCCCUUUCCCCCCAUCUUUUUUAAUUGAUCAAUGCCGUGCACGACGUCUGCCGGUGUCUUAAAAUUUCCUUUCCCCCCUGUUCUUUGUUUUUUUUUACAAAAUGAUUUUUAAACGCUUCGUUCUUCGCGAACCCGUCUCAGGGAAGAACGGACGCUUCAUCCAACGGCCGGCAGAAGCACGGAAACACGUUUAUCACGCUUGUCUUGUUUCGCUGGUGGUUCGACCGACAACGGCGGACACGGAGGAAAAAAAGAAAAGAAACGAUUCAGUUUCCGUAAUGUGACAACCAACCGAUAUGGGAGGUCCGAUUCCACGGCUUCGAUGUGUGUUGAAUUUUUACCGUUGACGCGAGAUCAAGUACAAAGUAUUUUUCAAAGACUAAACCGAGCGGCGUUGCGAGAUAGGUACGGGAUCGGAUGUACUGUUCCUGGACUUUUUGGAAUUCUUUAAAUUAAGGCGGCUACGGCGCAUGUAGCGGCCGUAGGUGUGCGUGUUCGGCGUUUAUUCGUGUGUGCGAAGAUUGAAGUAGAAAAGUGGAAAUCGACGAAAGAGAGAGAGAGAGAGAGAUAGUGUGUAUGAGAGUGAGAAACAAAAGUACGCGAGUGUAUGCAUGCGUGAAAGGCACAGAGAAAGAGAGAGAAAGCACAUUCUUGAGAAAACGCGCGAGCGAGCAAGCGCGCGAAGUCUUAAGAGAGAUCGAUACACAACAAGGUAUUAGCGUUUCAGGAUAUAUUAAUUACGAGAUGACGAAAAAGCAAAUCUAUAUAAUGCAUCGCGUAUGCUCAACUUAUUUUUACUGAAUCUAUUAACGGAAAAAGAAAACGAAUUUUAGAUCUGGCUAUAACUUAUAUAUAUUAUAUAUCUCGAUAUUUCUCGACCCGCUUUGUCGCCGAUCGAGGAAACGCGGACGCCGCCCGCGGGCGGCGACCCGUCGAACUCAUAUUUUCCGAAAUUUUAUCAGUAUCACGGUACGUUUUAGUUUUAUAUAAAUAUAUAUAAAUAUAUAAAUAAUGAAUAUACCUAUAUGUAUAUCCGCGCCGUACGAGCAAAGCGAAAACACUAGAAAGAGAGAGAGAAAGAGAGAGAAAGAUAAAGCUGAAAGAACCGUGAGUGGCGUUAGGCCGUGGUGGUCCACUUCGAAACGAAACGUGGAUGGGAAAAGAAAACGACAAGAAACGUGCAACAGGAAUCGUGGAGGUGACGGACCACCGAGAAAAAGAGAAAAAGAGAGAGAGAGAGAGAGAGAGUGAGUGGGAAAGAUCAUGUCUGUCGACGACAGACAGAGGCGCGCGGCUGGUUUUAUUAUUCUCGAAGGUAAAAUAUCGUUUCUCUUCGCCCGUCUCACUUCUAUCCGUAUCGUAAAAUAAGGAGAACACGUUCGAAAGGAAACAAAAGGAAGAAAAAACGAUUCGCGAUUUCUCGUCCGUUUAUUGUGCACAAGCCUCGAGUCCAUUAUCGAUCGAAGAAUCAAGGAAUGUAGUCGCGAGAGUCGCGCGCGCAGGAGAACGAAAACGCGGUGAUGGCCUAAGAACCGUUCGUGGCCAGGAAAAAGGCAUCAACUGUCUCCUCGCGCGGGAAUGAUCUGCCAAAAGAACGCGUGCGUAAACGUGGAAGCAAGGAGUCUCUACCGAGGAUCGACACGGUCGCGAUUCUUCGAUUAUUAUCAUCCCCUGUGGUUAUCGAGCGUUCGCCAUUGACAUUCCACACACACCCACACAUACACACAUACACAACAUAUAUACACAUUGUGUCUUGCCGUUGAACCGUGGCCGACAAUGCUUCCCUUCAGAGAUCGUUCACGGAUUUAUUAACACUUUCCACCGAAGCUGUCAAAAGACACCUUUCGAAAUUUUAACUUAAAAUCAGUUUCCAAGCUUAGUCAUAUAUUCUGAAUGGACUUUUCGACUUUUCCAAUAACGAUUAUAAAACUGACUAUAGGAAAUGUCCAAAAUUCAAUGAAGGAAAAAUUAUUCUACCGAGAAAAUAAUUUUCAGUUAAAAUUUCAAACGGUGUCAUCCACCUUCGGUAGAAAUAGCGUUAAAACACCGCGCGCCUGAGAGACACCAUCAGACACUCUGUCCAACGAGAACCGUCGGCGAAUAUAAAUAGAAACAUGCGGUAGCUAAGUUAGGUCUGACUGAGAUAACCUAUAUGCCGGCUAAUCUAACUAAUGCACUUAGCUCGUGAAUGUUUCGCGUAUGUUCACCGUCUCGUUUCAUUGGACGGAGACACAGACACGUUCCGAACACCGUGCCGAUCCUCGGCCACGUCCGUCAUGUCCCGGAGGACGCCGAAGGAGGCGACACGUCCAAAACAGCGUUCUCCAUUCGGUCCCCGGCGCACCGCGCGGACCCAGUAAAAACAUUUACUGCAUAUUCAUAUUAAUAUCUCUUUGUACAUAUCCUAACGACUUUUAAAAAUAUUCUUAAUCCAACACGUUCUCGAAGAAACUGUUUUGAAGUCAUUGUAUCCAAGCGUUUUUUCUCAUCGAUUCGAAAGGGAACGAAAGCUUUCUUCGCGGACCCGAGCGCAGGAGGGAGAGACUCGAACACCGAGAGCUAGAAUUCAGAAUGUGAACACGACCGACACAACCCUUCUUUUUUCUUCGUUCUUCUCUGUUUCGCCGUUCGAAACGAUCAUCGCAACCCCUGUCCAACCCUCUCUUUGCGUUCCUCCUUUCGACCGGUCCAACGAUAUCUUCCUUCCGACCAUUUUUAUUCCUCUGUUUCUCGGCAACUUCGGCGGUUCAAGGAUACGAUCCAUUCCAGGAAGCAUUUAGCGACGCCCUCGCGCGAAACCACGCGAUUCCGUGCCUCUUUAAUGAUCGUUCGAGACAGGACCGAGGAAUCAGUCGAUCGCGACACUGUUUCUCUUCCUCUACGUGGUUCGAUGAACUUUGAGUCGGAACUUAGAGGACGAUGAACGGAGUAGUGAUCGGAUGGGAUCGUGACUUUUAAUUUUGUUAUCGUGAGUUGUUUUAAUUAUUUCAAAUAUUGUCGACGCUUGAGAAACUAUUGAGGGAAUUGUUGAAGAGGAACGGAAGCGUUUGACAUAAAACGCAAGAUUUAGCGAGAAGGUUAGUUAGUCUUGAAUUGCUGAAGCUCAGAAGCGUUUCUUCUACAUGAUCAUCUUUUUCUUCUUCUUCUUCUUCUUCCCUUAAUUUUAUGAAACUGAUCCACCUUGUCGUAGAGUCUGUGUAACUGCGAGCGCGUGAUGAUUGAGUGUGUUUAUCCGAGAGUAAACGGGAGAAAGCGAGAGAAAAAGAGAUACACGUGGAUAAUAAUAUGCCUUAAACUUUCUUCUUCCACGCGAGCCCAACCCCUGACUUCAUUUAUUUUUAUUUAUACCCCACCCCAACCCUCCCCCUUGCCCUGAUUUUCUCCUGUUGUUUUAAUUAUUUAUAUUGAACUUCGUGAUGAGGAGAGUGACUGCGAGUCGCGGCGUUUCAAGCCGCGAGCAACGCGAGAGAAAAAAAUACAGGAAACCUUUUUUGUAUUUAAUUUGUUUAAUAAAACUUGGAUCAUAGUACAACGUUUCGACUGGUUUGGUUUCGAGAUACAAACACAUACGUUCUCACAUACAAAUACACACACACACAGACAGACAGACACGCACACACGCAAUCUCGUCCCUGUGUUCUUUUUCUCUAUCGAAGGAACUAACUUCAUUCGUUAUUCCUCCCGUUUUUUCGCGAAUCCCGUUCUCUUUUCAUGAUUUCGCGACGGAAACGACAAAUGGGACAAAACAGUACAAACGGAGGAAAGAUGAUUUUUAAGUGGAAAAAUGGGAGAGAGAGCGAGCGAGCGAGCGAGAGAGAGAGAGAGAGAGAGAGAAAGAAAGAGAGAAAUGCGAGCGAAGUUCUGCGCAAAGCACGUUUGUUAAACGAACAUUUAUCUUAGUUUUGUACAUAAAACGCGCAUCAGACGCGCACAUUUCGCGUUUUCACUUGAUUUCUCCUUUCGACAGAUCUCCGAGUACGGUAUGUAUCAUUGACUUAGAAGCAUCUCCGCCUUUGCUUUUCAACAUUUCAGAAUUGAGCGUCGGCGAUGUUCGUUAUACACUGUGCCCCGAUACUGCGUCCGAUCUCUGAUCACUGGAUCAGAGUAAUCGUUUGAUUCGAUGACGAUUGUAGUUCAAUUAUAUCUUCUUUUACUCUGGAACGUCGUUACAAAGCACUAUCGCGCUUCGAAUUUCUCGUAGGGUCUCUAAUUUUGCGAACACUAAUACGCUGUCGCUUCAAAACGAAAAUUUUAUCGAGUUCCCGGGAAGUAGCGCAUAGUUAAUUCACUAGCGAAUUGCGGCCGCUUUACAUCGAUUGCGUGGGAAAAGUGAAUAACGGGGUUGACGAUUCGAUGGAACCGAGGAUCGAGAACGUUGAUUCCUAAACUACGAAACAUAUUAAAAUUAUAACGUUCGGAUCGACG